AUAUAUUACACCCCCGCCCCCGAAAGCCCUCUCCUUCUUCUCUUUCCCGCACUUUCUCUCUCUAACCAAAAACACUAUUCUCUCUGCCACAAAAUGGCUGUCACUUCCAGAGGACGACCAGCCUUUACCCACCUCCAAAUCCCCAAUAAAUGGCGCGACUCUGAAACCAGCCCUGACCCGACCCACGAGCCCAACCCCAAACUCGCCAUGACUCCCACUCCUGCUACAACUGCAGACAGAAAAGUCCCUGUUGUCUACUAUCUCUCCAGAAACGGCCAGCUCGAGCACCCCCAUUUCAUGGAGGUCCCUCUCUCUUCUCCCCGCGGCCUCUUCCUCCGAGAUGUGAUUAACCGGCUCAACUUGCUCCGAGGCAAAGCCAUGGCCACCAUGUACUCCUGGUCUGCAAAACGGGGAUACAAAACCGGGUUUGUUUGGCACGACUUGUCGGAGAACGACUUCAUACACCCGUCGCACGGCAAUGAGUACGUUUUGAAAGGCUCGGAGCUUCUCGACCCGCCGGUGAGCCCGGUGGCGCUGCAAUCGGCGUCGUCGAGGUCGCUUCGUCCGCCGCCGGAGGUGCAUGAUUCCGGCGUAGGUUACGACUCGCCGGUGAUCGUGCGCCGGCGGAACCAGUCGUGGAGCUCCAUCGACCUCAACGAGUACAAAGUCUACAAGACCGAGUCGGUCGGGGAGGCGGUGGCGGCAGACGCGUCGACGCAGACGGAGGACAAGCGGCACCGACGACGCGUCGUUCGAGAGGAACGGGGGGACGAGGUGCGAGAAGAGAAAGGUCAGAGUCAACAGGAGAUGAGUAGCGGUCAAAGAACGGAGCUGGGCAGGGACGACAUUUCGCCUCCGCCGUCGGAUUCGAGCCCCGAAACGCUCGAGUCGUUGAUGAAAGCCGACGGACGGCUAGUGCUUCAGGCGAACGGAGCGGCGAUGGAGGAGAAUCAGAAUCCGACGCCUGAGGUUGUGCCAGGUGGCAAAAUGAAAGCGUCGUCGGUGCUCAUGCAGUUGCUAUCGUGCGGGUCGAUUUCGUUCAGGGACUGUGGGUCCACGGCGGUGAGGGACCAGCGGUUCUCGUUGAUUGGGCAGUACAGAGCUAGGCUGCCCCGCGGAGCAGGGAAUCAGGCUGUGGCCGAGAGGGCAAUUUCGAAUUUUCCGGGGGUGAAAUUGGAAGAGAAGGAGUAUUUUAGCGGGAGCUUGAUCGAGACCAAAAAAGAGGUCAUUCCAGCUCUUAAAAGGUCUUGUUCUUACAAUGCAGAUCGGAGCACCCAGAUGCAACUGGAGGAGACAGAGAAGGAUGGAGUGAGAACAAAAUGCAUACCUAGAAAGCCAAAGUCAAUGUUGGCCAACAAGAAAGAAACCAACUUCAUCAAUAAUGGUAGUAGUAAUGGGCAAGAAGGAGGGAGCAAAAGACUUGAAGCAUAGGCAAUAUCAGUAAGUUGACCCCCAUUGUAAAUUGUAGUGUUUAGGGAAAAGAGAAGCACAGGCGAAAUACGCGGCAGCGAAAACGUUAACGAAUUUCAAGUCACGGCAUAAUGGGCUCAGACAUUGAGGAAUAAGGCAUGGGGGUGCAGGAAUAUGAUGAAGGUAUGUGAGUUGAAGCUGUGCAGAUUGUCCAUUUUCAGUUUGGAAUUUUGGGGCCAAGGGUUUUGGUGCCUUGGUGUUUGUGGGGAGUUGAAUAUAGUUUCCUUAAUUUCGGUGUUUUGGUUGCUAAAGUGUAAGCUUUCUGACUUUGUGAAGGUGGGAAAUGGAAUUAAAAGGGUCUUAAUUUCCUAGGUAUUGUCA